AUGCCCUGGAGCGUCCGGUGGGUCGGCGGCCGCGGCGCCCAGUCGCAGAAGCAGUGCAAGAAAUCCUCCUUCGCCUUCUACCAGGCGGUGAGGGACCUGCUGCCCGUCUGGUUCCUGGAGGACAUGCGGACGAUGGAGGUCUUCCACUGGGAGGACGGGGGCAAGGUGAGCGUGUACUCACCCUCGGAGGCACUGCUCUACGCCCUGGUGCACGACCACCAGCCCUACGCCCGGCACCUCCUGACUAAGUUCCCCCAGAGCGCCCUGGCCGUGCCCAGCCAAAGCUUCAGCUGCUGCCAGUCCUCAGCCCCACACCUGGCCAUGGCCGUCCGCUACAACCGCGUCCGCGUCCUCUUCCGAAUCCUCAAGGCCAUCCAAGCCUUCCCGCCCAGCGACAGAGCCGCCCACCUGGACCGCCGGGGCUGCAGCCGGGUGGAGGGCGGCAAGACAGCCUUGCACGUGGCCUGCGAGCUGGUGCGACCCGAGUGCCUGCUCCUGCUGCUCGGGCACGGCGCGUCGCCCUGCUUGCAGGAUAGCGCCGGGAACACCCCCCUCGACACCUUGCUGCAGCAGAUUUCCCACACGCCGGCCACUAACACGCGUGCCAAGCUCCUCUGCCUCGACUGCCUCUUCUUCUUCGUGCCUCAGGACCUCCAGUUCACCAUGAAACAGCAACUGUUGGACAAUCGACAGCGGUGGCAGGACCUCUUGGGGGAGAACAGGUUCCAGUGCCUGGUGGGCUUAGCUCCCCCGUCGCUGUUUGUCGGAGCCAUGCGUGUCUUGAUCAGGACCAUUGCGCCUGAGCAUUUCCCAGAGGCUCUGGACAAUCUGCCUCUGCCUCACUUUCUAAAGCCUUUGGACUUGAAACUGGAGAGCUAGAGGGGUGGUACGAGAGCCUCCCGCUCACCUGACAGAAAUAGACUGUUGUGCUAAAAAUGUUAUCAGUAUACGAAGCUGCUAAUGCAGCAGCCAAGUAUCUGUUUUAAUUAGAACUGUAUUUUUUAAAAGAAUUGUAUCUGGCACUUUACAAUAUAUUUUAUU